UGCUUGCGUCCGGCUACAUUAUAACAUGUUUGUUCAAAAGUGCUGCGAGGUUGAGAAUCAACGAGGCUCGCUUUACGGUUCAGGAUAUAGACUUCACUCUGUGUACACACUACGUCUACGGCUAUGCCAGGGUGGACGUCAGCCGUAAUACCAUCUCUUCCAUGGAGCCAGACAUAGAAGAAGGACCCAGUGGGCUGUACAGACAUUUCAACAGCGCCAAAGAGAAACUCAAGUCCAUCAAGACACUGCUGUCUGUUGGAGGGUCUGCUGCCAGCAGUGAUGCCGAUUUCCAUGCGCUGCCUGACUCAGACACCGACCUUCUUCAGUUCUCAGAAAACGCUCUGGCAUUUGUGAAGCAAAACCACUUUGAUGGUCUGGAUGUCGACUGGCAGUAUCCCGACAACCCGGCCAUGAAGAGAAAGCUCGGUAGGCUUUUGCAGGCUUUGCGGCGGUUAAUUGGCAACGAACCGAUCCUGCUCACAGCUACGUGUCCAGGAUUUUCCUCCAAAGUCACCAAAGGAUUUAAUGUCCCAGAGAUUGAAAAAAACGUGGAUUUCGCAUUCGUCAAGGGAUUCGAUCUCGUCUACAGUGUUAUGCUUCACGCCACGUUUAGUAGCCCGCUCUACCAUGACCAGCACAUGUCACAGUUGCCGUUUCUUAACGUAAACUAUUCCAUUCACAACUGGCAUAACCUGGGUAUGCCCUACAGGAAGAUGGUGCUGGGUGUGACAGCCGUAGGGCGUGUAGUGAAACUCUACAAUAUGUCCCGCACCAGUCCCAACUCACCAAUCGACACACGAGUGCUCAGACUGGAAGUCUGUAUGGGAUACAUUCCGGCUGGGCCUACCCAGAGGUUAGUUUGCCUCCAUAUGUCUUCAUCGAAACAAUUCUUCGACAAUGUCCAAAAAAAUCCAUACUUGGUCAGUGGCGAUCUCUGGGUUGGGUACGAGAAUGAACGAAGCCUUGAAGAGAAAAUUAAAUUUUUAAGACGACUAAACAUGGCGGGGGUGUAUUUCUCUUCAUUGGAUGAGGAUGAUUUCUCUGGGAAGAUAUGUAAAUCCGGCAGAUUUCCCCUUCUGUCUCACAUCAAGCGCGUUCUAGAGUCGGAGGGAGACACAACAACUUAUCCAGACAUCCCCACCUGGUAUCAGCUGAGAAAGAAAUAUAUCCUACUCACUGUAUUGUACAUAGUCGGAUUUGCUAUAGGUGUUGUCUUUAUUGUAUUUAGAAGAAACAAAUUCUCACACAAUCGACGCUGA